AUGCAAUCACUGAAGGAAAACGUACCGGUACGCGAUUCUGAGAAUCAGGAACAGCCAGUAGAGGUUGACCAGUUGCAGAGCGAAGAUCAGCACAAACACGAUCGGCUGGGAAAUCCAGCAUUUGUAUUGCUGUGUAGCGAAAUUCAAGGUGUACGGACCAACGGUGCGGAAUUCUGUAAGAACAGACCACAAAAUCCGGAUGUUGAGCCAGUGUCUGAGGUAGAUCCAGGUGCCCACGAACAUGAAGAAGAACGGUCCGAUAUACGGAGAGUCCAGGUAGUUGAGCGACUUGGACAGGGACAAGAAAAAGUCAGAUAUGUCCAUCGUGAUGUAGACUGCAAUUCCCAUCCAGGUGAAAUUGAAUCUGUAGGACAGGAAGAUCAGUAG